UGGUUUUGGACAGCCGGGAAGCUUCUGAGCUCACCAGUCUGAGCAGGACUGGUUUGGGGAAACUGAGCCGACUGGCCAAGAAGUCUGGAGUCCUCAUCCCAGCCGGACUGGCCUGCAGAAGAGAUGAAAGUUUCAGGAUUUUUGACUUGACAUCUGUGGCUGUGCAGUAAUUUCCAGAAUGUAUGGUGGUCGUUUAUGGUGGUGGCUGAACGGCUGUAGGAGGGGCUUUGUCAGAUAAGGCAUUAGGUAAGGCCAUUAGUGUCCUGUGGAUUAUUGUAAUCCAGCCUCUCUAUCACUGCUGGUGGCUCGGCUGCUCAGUCUACAGUCGGUGUCCUCUGGUUCGGAGCAGGUUGGAAGAUGGCUCUCUACGUGCAUCAUUUCCUGCUGGCCCUGCUUCUGGGAGCUAACGUGUUCAUCAGCAUUCAUGCUCAGGAGGCGGAAGUGUCUGAGACGUGGACCAGCAGGUCUUGCAAAUGUGAUUGUGAAGGGGGUGAGUCCCCGACUGAGUUUUCCUCCAUCGGGACCGGCUCUUCCAUGGUGCGAGGGGUGGACUGCAUGCCAGAGUGUCCGUACCACAAGCCUCUGGGCUUCGAGGCCGGAUUGGUGAGUCCAGACCAGAUCACCUGCUCCAACCAGGACCAGUACACCGGCUGGUUCUCCUCGUGGCUCCCGAGCAAGGCCCGGCUCAACACUCAGGGCUUCGGCUGUGCCUGGCUGUCUAAGUUCCAGGACAGCAAUCAGUGGGUGCAGAUUGACCUGAGGGAGGUGAUGGUGGUGUCGGGGAUCCUCACUCAGGGCCGCUGUGACGCUGAGGAGUGGAUCACCAAGUACAGCAUUCAGUACCGCACUGACGAAAAACUCAACUGGAUCUAUUACAAAGACCAAACUGGAAACAACAGGGUGUUUUAUGGAAAUUCUGACCGCUCCUCGUCAGUGCAGAACCUGCUGCGGCCGCCCAUCGUGGCGCGCUACAUCCGCAUCCUCCCCCUCGGAUGGCACACACGCAUCGCUCUGCGCAUGGAGCUGUUGCUCUGCAUGAGCAAAUGCAACUGAAACUCUCCUCCCCACCAAGGCUUUCCCCCCAAAUCUUCAUCUAUUACUAAAUCGCCCCAUCGUCCGAUUGUGUGGUCUGUUAUUAUAUCCACAGAUUUGUCCCCCUCCAGCUACAUGUAUAAAACCACAAAGUGAAGAUAUACACAAAACAGUUUUGUACUGAUGUGAUCUAAUUUAAAUGUUUGUUCGCUGUGCUCAAUGAGCUUUCAUUCACUCCUCUCUCCAUUGUCUGUGUUCAAUUAGUCUCAUACAUGAGGGCUUUUAUUUGGUGAGUUCUCAAUAGAUUGUUCCAAUGGAUUUUGCAAUGAAAUGGCAUAAAUUCAAAGCAAUAAUUAUGCAUGGAGAGGGAGAGGCAGCGUUGCCAUGGAGGUUGUAUCCAACGGUCUGAGACAAGCUCUUCCAAAACAUUUGUGUCCUCCUGUGAAAUGUUGUCUGCUUCUCCUGAUAUUUAACAAUAAACAGGGACCUCUCCUCCUUAUUUCCCCUGAAGGAUGAGGCUUGUGAUAGUCUACAUGUUUCUUACUGUCAACAAAUCCCACAAAAAGACCAAAACCAACAAUGAGUUCAUCCUAACAACAAGUAUUGGUUGUGUAACCAAAGCCAUAUCUAUUAUUUUUCACAUUUAUUUUUAUUAUUCCCCAAAGCUAUUAGAAACACAUCGAUGAGCCACAUUGUUGCAUAUAUGCGACAUGUGCCUUCAUAACAAAGAACAUGGGCACUGUAGUUUGUUUUGAGUCAAUAACAUACACCGUCCUGCUGCUCUAAUCCCUCAAUGGUUCAAUAUGUAUUACAUGUGUAGUGAUCCACAGCUGAAAAUAGUCCCCAACAAAUGCACCGGUCACUCCUGUUUGACUAAAGUUUUCUAAAAACUAUACAGUGCCCAGCUGUUUUUGGAAAUCUAUGAUUGUGACCCCAUCUUUGGUUUGACCGAAUGGUCUCACGUCUGAGUGUCACCGACCAAAUAAAGAAGCAAGAAAGUCUUGAGAAAAGGACUAACAUGUUCAUUUUGGUCCAUUAAUGGGAUUUGUUGACAAUAAGAAAAAUGUGGAAUAAUGCCAGACUUUUUCUUUACAUAUAACUGUGAUUUCACUUCCUUUCUUCUCUUACCUGUUUGUAAAAACUCACAUUUUUACAGAUAUCACUCUUCAGUGCUAUAUAAAGGUCGAGGGAUGGAACAUUCACUACUAUUCUGAUGUGGGUUUUGUAUUGUGGUUAACUCCUGAUUUCUGUCUGCAACAUUUCAAUUCAGUUUCUCAUGAUACGUUGGGAAUACACUGCAGCGUCUUAUUUACUCUGAAGAUGUGUUCUUUAAUGUAUCUUUAAACCAUUUCCCUGAUUAAA